CAGCUAGCUUGCUACCCUAGUUAUCAUGGAGAACCAGUGGAAUAAUCUUCAGUCCGGUGGACGAGACAAACAGCGAAAGAAAGGAUUCAACGCCGGACUAGGGGGAUCGUCUGGAUGCGAGGAUGGAGAACGUAAACCAAAAUUUCAUUUACACGUUAAAAACAUUAAGGAUGAUGUGCUGGACAGGUUUGCCAGUAUCCGUAUCCCGGGCAGUAAGAAGGACCGUCCUCUCCUCCCCCACGUCAAACACUCCUCUUCCUCUGAAUGGUCCUCCUCUUCCUCCUCCGCUGAGUUUGAGGACCUGUCCUCCAAGAUCACCUCAGAGAAGGAGAUACUGGGCCUCUUCGAGAAGAUGAUGGAGGAUAUGAACCUGAAUGAGGACAAGAAGGCUCCUCUGAGAGAGAAAGAUCUGACCACCAAGAGAGAGAUGGUCAUCCAGUACAUUGUUACUGCAUCCAAAACACGCUAGGUGAACGGGUUGGGGGUUAGAACAGUGGUGUGUAGCCCGUGGAUAGACGUGGAGCGGGCUGACUCCAUCGCUAGGUGAACGGGUUGGGGGUUAGAACAGUGGUGUGUAGCCCGUGGAUAGACGUGGAGCGGGCUGACUCCAUCGCUAGGUGAACGGGUUGGGGGUUAGAACAGUGGUGUGUAGCCCGUGGAUAGACGUGGAGCGGGCUGACUCCAUCGCUAGGUGAACGGGUUGGGGGUUAGAACAGUGGUGUGUAGCCCGUGGAUAGACGUGGAGCGGGCUGACGCGGGGAAUAUCCACCGCCCAGCUCCCUCGCUGAGAAGGCGACUGCUCUCGUCCGGAGCAGAAUAAAUCACAAUAAAGGAACUGUGGCGUUCCAGAUUGGAUCUCUGUGGUCUCUCUCUCCCUCCCUCCCUCUAUCUAUCUCUAUCUCACUGCCUC